AUGAAUUAAUUAUAGACAAGUUAAGAGGUGAAUUGUUUAAAAAAGAAUCCAUUUAACUUCCUUUACUGUUAAGAAAUAAAUGCUUCUAGUUUUAUUUUUUGCUAUUAAGAGAUUGUUAAUUUUAAAGGCUUUUACUUUUUUUUAUAGGACUCUCAGGGGAAAUACUCUUAACAAUAUGCCCUAUUGGACUUGUUAAUUCCUUUUUAUGAAAGUAAUAAUUUAAAGGGCUCAGUAAAUCUUAUAAAUCUGGACGCGCCUGCAUUGAAAGAGUUUAGGUUUAUUAAUUUUCAUCUUUUUAUUUAUGCUUAGAACUAUUUUCAUUUGAAGGAGAGAGAGUGA